AACGGACUCUUUGGCAGCCAGUCACCUACUCUCUGAAAAUAAAAAUAAAAAAAUCUUUGGCAGAAUUCCGGUCAUGGAAACCGCUUCUUGUUCAAUCCUUUACACACUCGGCUUUUCAAGAAACACCCUUAAUUCAACUAUUAACAACAAUCAUUGUCUGCCUCCUAAGAGCAAUAUCUGUUCAAUUCCUUCGUUUUCCUCUACUUUCCCGAGAAACUUUAACUCCCACGGAAAAAACCUGCAAUUCAAUGACUUCACUGCUUUCAGCUCAUCCUCUAGUAGCCAAAACCAUAACCCAUCUCAGGAACUGGCUGUUCUUCUCGAAGUUGAUGGGGUUCUUAUGGAUGCAUAUCAGGCGGGUAAUCGGCAGGCCUUCAAUUUAGCAUUUCAAAAGCUCGGCCUUGAUUGUGCAAACUGGACUGAGCCUGUGUAUUUGGAUCUUGUAAGGAGAAGUGCUAGUAAUGAAGAAAAGAUGUUGGUCCUAUACUUUAAUCGUAUUGGUUGGCCUACAUCAUUGCCUACAAGUGAGAAGGACUCGUUUGUGAGAAGUGUCCUGCGAGAGAAGAAAAAUGCACUGGAAGAACUCGUACUGAAAAGUUUACCUCUACAACCUGGAGUUGAGGAGUUUAUUGAUGAUGCAUGUAACAAAGGAAUACCUGUGGUCAUCUUAACAUCUUACAGCAAAGAUGGGGAUAAAAUUGCUCGAUCUAUAGUUGAAAAGCUUGGUGAUGAACGACUUACGAAAAUUAAAGUUGUGGGGAAUGAGGAAGUAGAAAAGAGUUUAUAUGGUCAACUCGUGUUUGGUAAAGGAGUGUCUUCUUCUUUGGAUGAACAACUAGCUAAGGAAGAAAGAAAAUCAGCUUUGGCUGAGAAACAAAGAAUAGCGGAGGAGGUUGCAUCCAUGCUGAAAGUGAGUGUUAACAUUGAUACCACCUCAUCUGAAAGCUUGGAGAAGAUUGUAGUUGCACUUCGUGCAGGAGCAGAAAUUGCUGAGGUUCCUGUCUGCAAUUGUGUCCUUAUCGCAGGAAGCAAAUCUGGACUUGCUGCAGCCGAGCAGAUAGGCAUGCCCUGUGUUGUGUUGCGGAGCAGUUUCACAUCCAGAGCAGAGUUCCCUACAGCCAAUGCUAUAAUGGAUGGGUUCGGAGGUGCAGAUCUAACUAUCUCUAAACUAUGCCAAAAGCGAUGGUCAUGACGCGCGAGACGCAGUCUUGUGCUGGCAGCCGUGUUGUGAAUCUAGUGCCUGAACUAAUUCGUCAGCAUUUCAUGAAAUCCAUUUGAAAACUUUUGUAACAUGAUGUUCCAUGGGUCAAGCAGAUACAGGCUUAAAAUUUGUCAUAUUUUUUUUAAGAUUUUGAAUUACCUUUUUCUCAGCAACAUAAAAUC